AUGUCGGGGAAUAGUGUAUAUAAUAUGCUCCAGGAAAAUGUGAGCAAGCCUCGCUUCUCCAAGUCUCUGUCUUUGGGUGAAACCUGGAGUUCUAAAUCCAUGAGGAUUAUUCCGGAAGGGUUUGUGAAAAGCACGCAGGGAGCCUUUGAACACAGAGUGGUGUUAAGUGUACGUUGGGGUAAUUCCUGGCAACUCUGGCUCCAGAGAGACAAGAACGGUCUGUUUAUGGAAGAAGAAGACUGGGAUGAAUUUGUGAAUGACAAUUUCUUGAGUCCAAAUGAUGUCUUGCUCUUCACACACGACGACACAAUGUUCAUUGAAGUGCGUAUCUAUAAGCAAAAUUCGCGCCACUUGAGAGAGAUCACUUCAGCACCCCUCGAAGCUGAUCCUCAAGAUGAAGUGGUUACCACUACUAAUCCCCAGAAUUCUCCAUUGGAAACCUCUGCCUCUGCCUCUGCUUCUGCACCUGCACCUGCACCUUCAAGUGGAGCGAGACAGGCCGGUGCUCUUGUCAACAAUCCUGAGCAGUACCUUUUAAAUCCGAGUAACCCUUUCUUUGUGAAGACACUGGGUAAAAAGAUCGAUGUUCUGUAUGUGAGCCAUAUGGUGACUGAGAAGUAUGGCUUACAGUUUGGUCCCCAUAAUUCUCCCAUGUUUUACCUUCUUCCCAACGAAAAAAUCGAGGCUACCACUAAGAUCUACGGAGGGUGUCCUUGUUUCAAUGGCUGGGCUGCUUUAUGUCGAAAGUACAAGCUGAAGCAAGGAGACAAUGUUCUUUGUGAACUUGAACGCUCAGAAGGUGUUGUUACAGCUGUUAGAUUGCAUUUCCCAAACGAAUAAAGAGAUUUGCGUCUCCUUCUAUGAGUUAGAGUAAGUUUCUUAUAUGAUUAUUGUAAUGCUACAUGCGACCCUUUGUCUUGGUUGAACAAAUU